AUGGAACGAAAGAUCUUGUGUAUUUUUUUACUGCUUGUGCAAGCACAUCAAAUCGUUGGAAUCUCAAAGACAUUUUAUGAGUUCAUUUCAGAUCCCAUUAAUUUCUCUGCUAAGGAUAGUAAAGUAAUACAACACGCUGAAUUGCCAGUGGUGACAGACGAGCUAUCAGUGACGUUACGACUGAAUCUCCUCAGUAAAAAUUCUAAUUGGUCAUCUGUUUUUCAUAAAGGCGUCACAGACAUAGAACGUACGCCCUCACUCUGGAUGACACCAAACAAUUCAGCACCACAUGUCCGCUUCUCGCUAAACGAUAACUGGAAUGCAGGAAUCGAUUCGCUUGACGGCGGACUUUCUCUGAACCAAUGGUACCAUCUAGCUUAUACACUUUCUGAACCACAAAAACGGUUAGAUUUCUACAUAGACGGGAAAUGGGCCGGAUUCCAAAGCUUCCAGCAAGUCCAGACGGAACAACUUUUAUUCAAUAAUGGACCGCUGCGCAUCGGAACCGAUACUUUCUGGGAUGGAAUCGUUGGUCAAAUUAGUAAUUUUCGCUAUUACAACUGGUGUUUAUCUGCUGAUGAGGUAACAAGUGUAUAUACAAACUCGCCAUUCAUACAAACUUCAACAAAUUCUACUUCCAAUUCAACAACACCUACAUCUUUUAAUCCAUCUACAACAAUUACAUACAUACCAUCAAAUGGAAAUAUUACAUGCACUAAAAAUGAUACUGCUCUUAUGGUUGGCAUAGGUGUUGGUGCUUCUAUUGGUGUUUUUAUGAGAAGUAAAUUUUCUUAG